AUGUCCCUGACUCAGACCCGGUCUCACGCAGGCCACUCGCACUCACAUCAUCUUGACAAUGCUUACUUGACGUCUACAAACAAGAAGGAUGCAGGUGUCCGUAUCACCCGCAUUGGGCUUUUUGUCAACUUAAGCAUGGCUAUCGGAAAAGGGAUUGGAGGGUACAUCUUUCAUUCUCAGGCCUUGGUCGCUGACGCUUUUCACGCCCUCACAGACCUUGUUAGCGAUUUUAUGACCCUAGCAACUGUCUCAUGGUCGUUGAAGCCGCCUACGACACGUUUUCCCAAUGGCUAUGGCAAAAUCGAGAGCUUGGGUGCAUUGGGAGUAAGCGGUCUACUGUUAUUUGGUGGGAUCGGCAUGGGAGUGAAUGCUUUGGACGUUCUCUAUACGCAAUUUUUCAUGGAUGUCUUACAAGAAACACACCGCCAUGGGAUAUUCUCCUUCCUUGGACACGACCAUAGUCACGGAGCUACAUUGCCUAACUUGAAUGCAGCUUGGCUAGCAGGGGGCUCGAUAAUAGUCAAAGAGUGGCUAUACCGAGCAACCAUGAAGAUCGCGAAGGAGCGCAAAUCCGCUGUUCUUGCAUCGAACGCCGUCCACCACAGGAUUGACUCGCUCACCAGUAUUGUGGCGCUGCUAACCAUUGGCGGUGCACAUGUCUUCUCGGAAGCAUCCUGGCUGGAUCCUGUUGGUGGUCUCAUCAUAUCCGUGAUGGUCAUCAGAGCUGGAUGGGCAAACGCCAUGACAUCGUUACUCGAGCUAGCCGAUACAAGUGUUGAUGAGGACGUCAAGAAAGCAGUAGACAGAGCCACCACAAAAGCCCUCAGGGGUGAUUUCUCCAAGGGUAUUACUGGGGUUCCUGAUGGUGAGAUGGUUGCGAUCCGUGAGAUCCAAGGCAUCAAGUCGGGUCAGAACUACCUGAUCGAUGUCGAGCUUGCCAUUCCGGGAGAGUGGAGCAUUGAGAAGACUCGGGCUGUGGAGGAAGCAGUACGCGAAAAAGCUGGAUCUAAGGUUCGUGGGGUAAGGAGAGUUAGGGUCAGAUUUUUGCCAACCGAGAACAGCGAUCUAGACUUCUCGAAGGAGUUUAUUGGUGCCGAUGUCAGUCCGCGGAGCAGCCCAGAACCAGACGAUCAACAUGAUAACGGCCAUGGGCACCAUCAAAACGAUCAUCAGAGGCAGCAUCCUUUCUAUAGGGCGAAUGGUGAAAAGAAGACGAAAUAA